AUGACAAUUGUUGGUGGACUGAUAGCAGCUGGUGGCGCAUUUUUGUCAGUUUUGGCCUUCAAUAUAUGGCAUUUUCUGCUCGCAUUUGCUGUCGUUACAGGGAUUGGCUUGAGCUUCUGUUUUAAUACGGCUAUUGUUGCAGUCACUUAUUAUUUCGAGGUUAGCGAAGUCACAGUUUCCGUGGAACUACUGAGACGCGAAAUGUCGAAAAGUCUUGCGAAAUAA